AGAACACAGAAACGUGUUUAUUUUCGGUAAUCAGCAAAAUAACCCGUCGGAAAACCCGUUUUUGCUGCCAUUCAUAUCAUUCCCAUCGGAACGGGAGCACCACAUCACCAGCAGUUUGCCUGCACGAAGUGUACACACGUCCGAUUGAUUAGUCCUAGUGAUAAAUUUAGUGUUACUAUCCUAAGUAGUGUGUAACAAGAAUGAAGACUGAAACACUCUACCUCCUUGCCGCCGUGGGGACCCUAAUGCUGGUGACGGUGGCCUCGGGUCAACAUCCGGCUGCCCGGCCAAUCAGCCCGAAGGAGGUCAAGUGCCUCGUCUGCAAGGCCACAAUGAACGAAAUGGAACUGGCCGUGUCCAAGGUGGAUCCGAAGAAGAAGAUCGACGUCGGAGACUACCGGCUCGAUGCCACCGGUGAUUCCAAGAAGAAGAAGACCAUACUCUACGCCAAGUCGGAAAUGUACCUGACCGAGCUGAUGGAGUCGGUGUGCGACCGGAUGGACGACUACGCCAAGGCCCGGUACAAGAAAAACGGCCGCCCGGUGGUGCUGAAGAUGAUGACCGAAACGGGCAUGAACCCGGAAAUGUCCGAGGUGGACUUUGUCCAGGAGGGAGAUUUGAACAAAAGCCUGAAGCACCUGUGCCUGGAGGUGGUGGAGGACUACGAGGAGGACAUCCUGAAGAUGUACCAGCAGGAGGACGCGGUCAAGGAUACGGACAUCAGGUUGUGCUCGCAGGUGGCCAACAUUUGCAACGAGCAGCCCAUCGAGGACGAUUACGAGUACGAAGGAGAGGAUGAACGGGACGAGCUGUAGGUAGUUACAUACGCCGGAGUCAGGAUUGUGCAACGAACGUAACUAUGUACCGAGCCAGGGUCGAAAGGGGGUAAAACUCCGCAAACGGAACCGUACCGAUAGAAUACAGAUGUAAUAGGUUAUGUUUUAGGAACCUGUAAGAAAAGCAUUUUCAUUGUUGCUUUGUUCGAAAGAGGAGAAUGCUCGAUAUUUUGUAAGGAUAUUGGCGAAUAGAUGAGCUUUUUUCGUGAA